AUGGCGUCCAUCUUGCUCAGGAGCUGCCGCGGCCGGGGCCCUGCCCGUCUCGCGCCGCCCCGCGCCGCCUCUCCGCGGGGUAGUCGAAGGGAUCGAGCGUGUCUCAGUUGUACCAGGACCGUGGGGUUGAUAAGCCAAGAGAAAUUUCUGUCUCGCUGCUGUACUCCAGCCAACCCUGUGUACCUCUGCUUCAAAGGUGAGCCCCGCAGCAGUUGGACUCAGUGGCUUGAGUGCCAGGGCACCAUUGCAAGGGCAACAUGGACACCUGCUUCUGCAAGAUUGGUUGUCACAGGACCUCAGUACCUUCCUGUGCGCAGUUGGCACUCAUCACCUCCCCUAGGAGAGGACUCUGUGAUAGAGAAAUCCCUUAAAUCCUUAAAGGACAAGAAUAAGAAGCUGGAAGAGGGUGGCCCUGUGUACAGCCCGCCAGUUCAAGUGGUAGUAAAGAAGUCCCUUGGGCAGAAGAUACUGGAUGAGCUGAAGCACUACUACCAUGGCUUCCGCCUGCUCUGGAUCGACACCAAGAUAGCUGCCCGCAUGCUGUGGCGUAUCCUCAACGGCCACACACUGACCCGCCGGGAGCGCAGGCAGUUUCUCCGGAUUUGUGCAGACCUCUUCCGCCUAGUGCCUUUCCUGGUGUUCGUGGUCGUGCCCUUUAUGGAAUUCCUGCUGCCUGUAGUUGUAAAGCUCUUCCCCAACAUGCUGCCAUCCACAUUUGAAACCCAGUCCAUCAAGGAGGAAAGGCUGAAGAAGGAGCUUCGGGUUAAGCUGGAGCUAGCCAAGUUUCUCCAGGACACCAUAGAGGAAAUGGCCCUGAAGAACAAGGCAGCCAAGGGGAAUGCCACCAAAGACUUCUCUGCAUUUUUCCAGAAGAUCCGGGAGACAGGAGAGAGACCCAGCAAUGAGGAAAUCAUGCGUUUUUCCAAAUUAUUUGAGGAUGAACUGACCCUGGAUAACCUCACGAGGCCUCAGCUGGUGGCACUGUGCAAGCUGCUGGAGCUUCAGUCCAUCGGUACCAACAACUUCCUGCGUUUCCAGCUCACCAUGCGCCUGAGGUCCAUAAAGGCUGAUGACAAAUUGAUUUCUGAGGAGGGAGUGAACAGUCUGAAUGUCAAGGAAUUGCAGGCAGCAUGUCGAGCACGAGGCAUGCGAGCACUUGGCGUCACAGAAGACCGUCUGAAGGACCAACUGAAUCAGUGGCUCGACCUGCACCUCCACCAUGAGAUCCCCACAUCAUUGCUCAUACUGUCCCGGGCCAUGUACCUUCCAGACACCCUCUCACCUGCUGACCAGCUCAAGUCCACCUUGCAGACCCUUCCAGAAAUUGUGGCAAAGGAGGCUCAGGUGAAAGCGGCAGAGGUGGAGGGCGAGCAGGUAGACAACAAGGCGAAGUUGGAGGCCACACUGCAGGAAGAGGCUGCCAUCCAGCAAGAGCACCUGGAAGAACUGCAGAGGGCUGCCGAGGCUGUGAAGGACACCCAGCCAGAAGUAGCAGAAGCCACCAUUUCUGGGAGGCCAGGGGCCGAGCUUCAGCCAGAGGUGCCUGAUGUGAGCGUGUCCUCAGAGACACUGAAGGAUACAGCACCUGUGCUAGAGGGAUUGAAGGGAGAAGAAAUAACUAAGGAGGAAAUUGACAUCCUCAGUGAUGCCUGUUCUAAGCUGAAGGAACAGAAGAAGUCCCUGACCAAGGAGAAGGAGGAGCUGGAGCUGCUCAAAGAGGAUGUCCAGGACUACAGUGAGGACUUACAAGAGAUCAAAAAGGAACUUUCAAAGACCGGUGAUGAAAAAUAUAUAGAAGAAUCCACAGCUAGCAAGAGGCUGACAAAGCGAGUGCAGCAGAUGAUCGGGCAGAUCGAUGGCCUAAUUGCACAGCUAGAGACCAGUCAACAGAAUGGCAAACUGGGCCCCCAUGAGAGUUCUCCAACAGGGGAGAGUGUCAUCAGUGUCAGUGAGCUCAUCACCGCCAUGAAGCAAAUCAAGCACAUUCCAGAACACAAGCUGAUCAGUUUGGCUUCAGCCCUGGAUGAAAAUAAGGACGGCAAUAUCAACAUCGAUGACCUUGUCAAGGUGAUCGACUUGGUGGACAAAGAAGAUGUUCAGAUCUCUACCACCCAAGUAGCCGAAAUUGUGGCCACACUAGAGAAGGAGGAAAAGGUGGAAGAGAAGGAAAAGGCCAAGGAAAAGGCUGAGAAAGAGGCCGCAGAAGUGAAGAAUUAGAACUGCCUGGCUUUUGGCCCACAGGGUCUGCCUUCAUCAUGCUACACCAACCACAGUGGGGAUGACACAAGAGUGAUUGCUAUGAGGUGAUUCUUAGUGGCAAAUCUAAUAUUUUAUCUGGAAUAAAUCAGAAACUUCCUUAAUCAA